AUGGCCUCUCCAAAUUACAGCGGCUUAUGUUGGGAAAUAAGACAGGAAUUUGCAAAAGGAUUCAAGAAAGCACCAGGCAACGUCGAAUUCGCGACGAGAGCACUAGUCAAAGGUGUCAUGUCCGAAGACAGAUUGCAACGCCUCUAUGAGAACCUCAUGGCUGAAAACGACAUGCCAGCCCACGACAGCCAGUUUGGCGCGCAACAGUUCAGUACGGUCGUUGCAGAUAAAAAUCUUUACCACUUUCUAGCGGUCCUCAUGUACGCUCCAUGCUCAAUCAAGGCGGCCAAAUCUUUCGUGGAAACGCUUGUGCUAGGCCCUGAAUCGCAAGAAGCGAAGGAGUGGCCUGAAGAAAACCCUUACCUCUUGCCAGCGAGAGAGGAACACCUUGGUCUUUUUACUGAUCCCAAGGAUGUGAAUUAUUUCUUGACUAAUCAGCGUCCCUUUUGCACUAUCGUGGCCGGUGGCCCUGGCAUGGUCACAAUUGACAACGAUGACCUACGAAAGCUGCCUUGGUUAUCAGAGAGAUGGAUUUGCAGUGGCUCAUUUGGCGCUGUAUACGAGGUUCAAGUUGCCGAAGGUCACUUGACUAUGGAUCAAAACCUUGAAAACACCUAUGAAGGCCCCAAAGCCAUUGCUCGGAAAGACUUCAUAUACGCGGACAAUGCUGAGACGAGCUUCCAGAAAGAGUGGAAAGCAAUCAGCGACAUUUUUAACAGCAAAUGGAAGCACGAGAAUAUUGUCAAAAGCUUCGGCAGAAUCGAGUGCAAAGGCCAGCCGUCGACAUUCAGUCUACUAAUGCCACUGGCAUCAAUGGACCUAGACAAGUACAUACAGGACUAUCCGGAAGCAAUUGUAAAUGAUAGAGUCAGUCGACAACUUCUUGUACGUGCUACAAUGGGCUUGGCAGAUGGUCUCAAAUUUCUUCACCAGGGACUGAAUACCGAAGAUGGAAAGGAAAACUUGAUCUGCUAUCACAUGGAUCUCAGACCUAGCAACAUUUUGGUCUUUAAUGUUGGUCGCCCUGACAUGAGUUGGAAGCUUAGUGAUUUCGGUCUUUCCAGAGUGAAGCCAAAAUCAAGGGCCGAUGUUUCUGAUCUCAGCAGAAUAUUCAGAAAGCGCGGAAGCGAUCAACACAGCAAAGCUACAGCAACCGCCAACCUUCGUGGUCAGGCCACAUACCAACCAAGAGAAGCCCAGGACCAGGGUAAAACGAUGAAUGAGAAGAGCGAUGUCUGGUCCCUCGGAUGCAUCGUCAGUAUGCUCUUCACGUUUAUGGAAAAUGGACUCGAUGGGAUCGAACGCUUCAGCGAUCUUCGACAUAACAGUUCCAACAGAGGCAUGGAUGUGUUUUACCAGCACAACAAGACAAUCCCUACUUACUCUAUUAAUAAGGGUGUAACAAAACAACAUGAUAAGCUAAUAGAAGCUGCUAAAGAGAGACAUGCUACGGAAGGCAAGAUUUUAUCAUUCAUAUUAAAAUGGCUGGAGAGGGAGGUGCUCGUAAUCGACCAGGAUGAGCGAUGCGCUGCCGCCGAUAUCUUUCAGCGCCUGAAGACGACACUUGAAAGAUAUAAGGACAUGGGGGUCGACCCUUCGCCUCAAACUUCCAGUCGGAGUCCUACUUUCCUCAAGAAAGCCAAAUCGAUGACCAGAUCAACCUGGAGUGGGUUACGUGGAUCAAGUGGUGUUAAUCACAAAAAGACAUCAGCCACGCAGACCGACAUGAGUCAAUGGCGCCUGGGCAUAGAAAAGGGUAUGCGCUUCAGAAGUUCCGAUAGCUCACCGAACGGUGAGUUUCUGGUUUACUGGAACGACCAGACCAUGAAACUUUUCUCCGAUACCGCCGUCAUAACCUCAGUGCCUUCCUUCCAGUCAGGACAUGCAUCUACCUAUUCGGAAAGUUCCAGGUCCAAGGACCAAGUUCUAACAAGUCCUGGGCAACAUGUGCUUCAAAGCACGAGGCAGUCCUGGAUAUCUGGUGUUCUGACCGAUCGAUACUUAAUUGCUGCUGCCACGGACGGCACAGACACAUUCAAGUGUUAUAUAUUUGACAUUGAGUCCGACUCAAGACUCGGCACCUACAGUCAAAUCACGCUGGCAGACAUGGGUCAGGGAAUUCACAAACUGAUUACCCCCCCUGACGGCCCCCCUGACAAACCUUCCUUUGCCUGCAUCUUGAAUGACGAUAAUAAUGGACGUUGCUCCAUUUUGAUAGCUAGAAUCGAUCCUGACACAUCUAUACCACUGAACGGCCAACCAGGUGAGGAAGCUUUAUCUCCAUGUGGCAUCCAGCUCACAUAUCUUCCAGUACCCUCACAGAACCUUGCUCGUCAAGAUGCUGUCAUCCACCUUCUUAGACAAAUAAUAUGUCCCUUGCAAUGGCGUGCUAUUGAUAUCGAACAUGUGGCCCUUCAGACAAGAGACGAAGUCUACGUGGUUGUACGGUGUGCUUCCGACCUGUCCCUACACUUAUUCACGAUCGAGCGACCAGGAGUCUUACGAAGAGAUCUGAAUUUAAAUGCUAACGGAGACAACGGCGAAAGGCUAUUCACCGACAUGAUCUGCUUCUCUAAUGCAGAUGAUAGUAGAAAAACGGAUGUCAUCGUGGUGGCGCAGAGGGAGUCGAUCUUCCACUUCACAUUCAAUGGAGUUGACAAUGAUCCAAAAGUAGUCCGCUAUUUACCGGUGAAGAACUACUGGAUACUAAAGAUUGCAAGAGAUGAGCCAGGGUCUAUUCUGGCAUUGGGUACGCACUCUGGCAACAACAAUAUUUUUUUGCUAUCGAUCAAGCUGAAGGGAAGGAUCAUGCGUCCUGACCCCAAGAAGCUCGCUGAGCUUCACGGGAUAUCAAUUACCCAUCAGCCGAAGCUUAGUCUGUUGAGAGGAGCGAAUGGUUCCAUUGCCCAGGUCACAGCUGCUACGCCAGACGGCCACUAUCGCGUUUAUCGGCUAGAUUUGACUGGCGUUCUCGAUACCUGA